AUGAAGAGUGAUGCCCCAUAUACCAAGCACCGAUUCUACCAGCUCGUCAAAGUCUACCACCCCGAUAGACACAGUCAUACUCCCGAUAUUGAUAACAUCCCCCAUGCCAUUCGCUUAGAACGCUAUCGUCUCAUCGUUGCUGCCAAUGACCUCCUCAGCGACCCCUCAAAGCGCCAUCUCUAUGAUGCCCACGGUCUAGGCUGGACUGGUGGUAAGCCCCAGACACUCAACGAAACUGUCCGUAACGCCGAUCGUGCCUGGCGCCACAAGGCUGGAUCUGCUGCGAAUAAUGCUACCUGGGAAGACUGGGAGCGUUGGUACGAUGCUCGCGACGGCAGGGUUAGGGACUCUAUGUACAUGUCCAAUGGUCUUUUUGCCACCCUGGUUGUUGUCAUGUGUAUGAUAGGCGCCUUUGCUCAAAUGAGUAGAGCAGAACAAUACGGCGCCGAUCUCGUGGAAAUGAAAGCACAGUCGAAUCUUGCUAUCGGGCAGCAGGUCGCUCGUCGAAACACGAUUGCUGCGGGCAGGUCAAAGGAUGAGAGAGUUGACAUGUUCUUGAAGGACAGAGAAAACUUGAAUUAUGCCUUUCAACCUGGAAAGUAUGACAACGAAGUGUUGGCAAGCCAUACUCAUGGCCAUGGACAUAACGGAAGGUCAGAAUAA